GGGUUUCGAAUCGGCAUAGUCUCAUGCCCCUUGGCUCCCUUCUAGAGCCAAAGUCGCCUCAAUAAUUAAUAAACUUAUCAUUUUCCGGAGUUUUCUCUCACUACUAAAACACCUUCAAAUAACAUGUCCCAAGCUCGAAAAGUAAUGGGGAGUUUAUCGAACUCGCUUCAACUUAAGCACGGACUCGCUCUCUGGUGCCCUCAUUCUUCUUCUUUCACUCGUUCUCGCCCUUCCCCGUGCAUCCGGUUCAGAAGCUUCACCAGACACUUCGUCGUUUCCUCUUCUUUUUCUAAUGACAACCGAGAAGUUGUGAUCGUUGGAGGAGGCAAUGCUGCUGGGUAUGCAGCGAGGACAUUCGUCGAACAUGGUAUGGCCGAUGGCAGGCUCUGUAUUGUGUCUAAAGAGGCAUAUGCACCGUAUGAGAGACCGGCUUUGACAAAGGGCUACUUGUUUCCUAAAGAUAAGAAGCCAGCUCAAUUACCUGGUUUUCAUACUUGUGUUGGAUCUGGUGGUGAAAGGCAAACUCCUGAAUGGUACAAAGAGAAAGGGAUUGAGAUGAUUUAUGAGGAUCCAGUAACGAGUAUUGAUACUGAAAUGCAAACCCUAACGACUAGUUCAGGCAAAUUGCUGAAGUAUGGAUCUCUUAUAAUUGCUACAGGAUGUACAGCCUCAAGAUUUCCAAAUAAUAUAGGUGGUAGCCUUCCUGGUGUGCACUAUAUUCGGGAUGUUGCAGAUGCCGACUCACUAGUCUCAUCUUUGGAGAAGGCACAUAAGGUGGUGAUUGUUGGUGGUGGUUAUAUUGGGAUGGAAGUUGCUGCUGCUGCCGUUGGCUGGAAACUUGAUACUUCGAUCAUUUUCCCAGAGAAUCAUCUUUUGCAAAGACUAUUCACUCCUUCUCUUGCUCAGAGGUAUGAAGAGCUAUACAAAGAGAACGGUGUCAAAUUUUUAAAGGGUGCUUCUAUCAAAAACUUAGAAGCUGGUUCUGAUGGAAGGGUAGCUGCUGUUAAACUUGGAGAUGGAUCUACUGUAGAAGCUGACAUGGUAGUUAUAGGUAUUGGAGCAAAACCUGCAGUUAGUCCCUUUGAAGCGGUAGGGUUAAAUUCUACUGUUGGUGGCAUACAGGUUGAUGGUCUGUUCCGGACAAGCGUACCUGGAAUCUUUGCAGUGGGAGAUGUUGCAGCAUUCCCCCUUAAGAUGUAUGACCGCAUGGCACGAGUUGAGCAUGUUGAUCAUGCUCGUCGAUCUGCACAACAUUGUGUUAAGGCAUUACUUAGUGAACAAACUCACACAUAUGAUUAUCUGCCCUACUUUUACUCUAGGGUUUUUGAGUAUGAAGGGAGCCCCAGGAAAGUUUGGUGGCAGUUUUUUGGAGACAACGUUGGAGAGACAGUUGAGAUUGGAAAUUUUGAUCCCAAAAUUGCUACUUUCUGGAUAGAUAAUGGUAAAUUGAAAGGAGUUCUUCUUGAAAGUGGAAGUGCUGAGGAAUUUAAAUUCCUUCCUGAACUUGCGAGGAACCAGCCUUCUAUUGACAAAGCCAAGCUUCAAAAAGCCUCUUCAGUCGAGGAGGCACUAGAAAUUGCCAAGGCCAACUUAUAGUUGAGCAGCAAGCUUAGUUGCACGCAGAACCUCUCCUCGAAAGCACUGGUCCCUGCACAACGUUACCGUCAUGUAAUAAAAUCUUGGAACCUUACCAUGAAUAAUUGUUUGAAACUUGGCAUGAAACGAAAGGUAUAAUCUUGUUUGAUAUGCAGUGAUAAGAGAGAUGUACCGCCUAGAAGUUUUGGUAGAUGAAAACUACUUCUGGGCGUUUGAGGAUCCAAUAAUAACUGAAUCAGUCACCCA